AUGGAGAGCAGCCAGGGAAGCGGGAACAAAACCACCGGGGGCUUGGCUGGCUUCUUCGGAGCCGGCGGGGCAGGACUCUGGCACACGGAUUUGGCCAGAGUCCCGCUGACUGGUAUGAACCCUCUGUCUCCUUAUUUAAAUGUGGAUCCACGAUACCUGGUACAGGAUACUGAUGAGUUUAUUUUACCCACUGGAGCUAAUAAAACCUGGGGCAGAUUUGAACUGGCCUUCUUUACCAUGGGAGGAUGUUGUAUGGCAGGGGCUGCAUUUGGAACAAUGAACUGUCUACGGCUAGGAUUGAAGGAAACCCAGAACAUGUCCUGGUCCAAACCAAGAAAUGUACAGAUUUUGAACAUGGUGACUAGGCAAGGGGCACUUUGGGCUAAUACUCUGGGUUUUCUAGCUUUGCUUUAUAGUGCAUUUGGUGUCAUCAUUGAGAAAACACGAGGUGCAGAAGAUGACCUUAACACAGUAGCAGCUGGAACCAUGACAGGCAUGUUGUAUAAAUGUACAGGUGGUCUACAAGGGGUAGCACGAGGUGGGCUAGCAGGACUAACGCUUACCAGCCUCUAUGCACUAUGUAACAACUGGGAGUACAUGAAAGGCUCCUUACUCCAACAGUCACUCUGAAGAUUUCGCCAGCUUAUGAGUGGAGGACACUUUAGUAGUCAUCCAGAU